CGGCCCCGUGCAGCCCGGUCCCGCGGGCCGCUCGGUCCCAGUCCCAGGCUGGGAUAGAGGGGCUGCCAUCACCCAGGAGGCUGACAACGACCCCGAGUCCCACCGGCCCCAGCAGGCAUUGAGGACAACGGAAGCCGGGACACCUGCGUGCACAGGCCCUGCCUACUGGAAGGGAUGGGUCUUCCAUCCCGGUUUAGGAAGGAGAGGUGGAGUCCUGCAUCUGACUUCCAGCUCCAUGGUGGUGUCCUCAGAGGCUGGGAAAGACUGAAGUUAGUGGGAGACCAGAGCGCUGCUUCUGCUAGGCACAUCUGUAACGACCCUGUCUCACAGCUAUCCCAACUUUACCAGCUCGAGCGUGGCCGUGGGGGUCCAGAAAAGGGAACCCCCUUUCUCCUGGACAUUGGCGUUAUGAUCCUCUAGGGGUGACCCAGGAUAGAAGUAAUGCAAGCCUUUGAUCCUCCAAAUGAGGGCCCCCUCCAAGGCCUGGUUGCUUCCCGAAUUGAGACUUAUGGGGGCCGUCAUUUGACUUCUGCCCAGAGCACUGCUGGGAAUAUCUAUCCCAGAGGAGGCCCUGUAUUGGACCCUAGUCGCCGACGCGUCCAGCACCAUGUCCCUUUUGCCAAGGGCUCUGGCCACUCUCGAGGCCUGCCUCCUCUGAUGCCUCGGGAACCAGAGCCAGAGAAGAGGCAUGGAGGCCAUUUUGGGGUUGGCCCACCUCACUCCCCCAAACUCAAGGAAGUCACCAAGGCCCAUGAGCUGGAGGUGAGACUACACACAUUCAGUAUGUUUGGGAUGCCCCGUCUGCCACCUGAGGACCGGAGACACUGGGAGAUAGGAGAGGGAGGUGACAGUGGCCUGACCAUGGAAAAGUCCUGGAAGGAGCUGGUGCUUGGACACAAGGAGAUGAGCCGAGAGUUUUGCCACCAGCAGGAAGCCCUGUGGGAGCUCCUGACCACCGAGCUGAGCUACUUGAGGAAGCUCAAGAUCAUGACUGACCUCCUGGCAGCUGGUCUGCUGAAUUUGCAGAGAGUGGGGCUGCUGAUGGAAGUGUCAGCUGAGACCCUGUUUGGAAAUAUUCCCAACCUGAUUAGAGCCCACCGGAGCUUUUGGGAAGAGGUGAUGCAGCCCAUCCUGGAAGAGACUCGAACCUCUGGCCAGCCUCUGGACCCUGUCAGCUUACAAAAUGGCUUCCUGACAUUUGGCCAGCGGUUCCUGCCGUAUGUUCAGUACUGCCUACGAGUGAAGCAGACCAUGGCUUAUGCCCGGGAGCAGCAAGACACGAACCCAUCAUUCCACACUUUCGUGCAGUGGUGUGAGAAACACAAACGCUCAGGAAGGCAGACGCUGGGUGACUUGCUCAUCAAACCCCACCAGCGCAUCACCAAGUACCCACUGUUGCUGCAGGCUGUACUCAAGAGAAGCCCCGAGCCCCGAGCCCAAGAGGCCCUGAACGCCAUGAUUGCAGCUGUGGAGUCCUUCCUGCGACAUAUAAAUGGACAGGUCCGCCAGGGUGAAGAGCAGGAGAGCUUGGUGGCUGCGGCUCAGCGCAUAGGACCCUAUGAGGUGCUAGAGCCCUCCAACGAGGAGGUGGAGAAGAACCUGCGUCCGUUUUCUACCCUGGAUCUCAUGACCCCUAUGUUGGGGGUUGCCCAGGAGCACACCAGGCAGCUGCUGCUGGAAGGACCCGUGCGCGUGAAGGAAGGGCGAGAAGGGAAGCUGGAUGUGUACCUGUUCCUCUUCUCUGACGUGCUCCUGGUAACCAAGCCUCAACGCAAGGCAGACAAGGCCAAGGUCAUCCGUCCCCCUCUCAUGCUGGAGAAACUUGUGUGCCGACCACUACGAGACCCCUACAGCUUCCUGCUGAUCCACCUCACUGAAUUCCAGUGUGUCUCCAGUGCCCUCACUGUGCACUGUCCCAGCUCAGCAGAUCGUGCACGGUGGCUGGAGAAGACCCUGAAGGCUCAGGCCACUCUGCAGAAGCUGAAAGCUGAGGAGUAUGUUCAACAGAAGAGGGGGCUCCUGGCCAUCUAUCGCAACCAGGGCAGGGAGUCCCCCAGCACCAGACCCUCCACUCCUUCCCCAGAGGACUCUCAGAGCAUUGCAGACGGGAGGACUUUGGAGCUCAGCAUCGUCCCCCGCCUAGUGGUGACAGAAGACACGGAUGAAGAUGCCCCCUCUGUGCCUGAUGACACCUCGGACUCUGGCUAUGGCACCUUGAUUACAAGCUCCCCCAAGAACUCUCACUCCCCGCUGAACAGGCUCCGGUCCAAAGCUCUUCGUAGGGACCCUCGUCUUACCUUCUCCACCCUGGAACUCCGAGAUGUUCCUUUGCGGCCCCAGCCUCCUGACCCCCAAGCUCCCCAGCGACGAAGUGCCCCAGAAUUGCCUGAAGGGAUCCCGAGAGGAGGCAGUCUCCCCAGGAGAGCCCCCCCAGCCUGGUCUGAGGAGGAAGAUGAGACUUUGACCACACAGAAUGUGGUGGCAGAAACCCUGAACAGGGCACAACGGCGCAGCCCGCUCCCCCACUCUCCCACCCAUACUGACUCUGCUGAGGAAAGCCCCUGGGAGUCCUCAGAUGAAGAAGAGGGACCUCUAUGCCCUGGACUCCGCCCCCGCCCCAUGCGGGCUGAGGAUAUGCUCAGGGAGAUAAGGGAGGAGCUGGCCACCCAAAGGAUCGAGGGAGCCUCGGAACCUGGGGAUGGCAAGCCCCGGAAGCUGACUCGAGCCCAGUUGCAGAGAAUGAGAGGGACCCACAUCAUACAGCUGGACACCCCUCUGUCCACAUCAGAAGUGUGAGGAAUGCCGAGGUCCUUUGGCACAUCUCCUAGAGGAACCGUCUCCCCAAGAGUGCUGGUCACCACCCUCCCCCUGGACUCUACCUCAAGGACCCACUUCAAUCCAAGCCUGACCCAGGCACCCGCCUCCUGCUCUGAGAACUGUACAUUGGUGUCUCACAGACACAUCUCUGAGCCCUACAUAAAAGUGCCCAAGAAACAUG